AUGUUUCUCUCUAUUCUCGCUGUGGUACUUUUGACCGCAUGUCGAACAUCCGCUCAAACAUACCAACUACAUCCUGCAAUCGGAUCUGGCUUAACCAAUGCAUCUUCUGAUUGUACCACCGCUUUCAGCGCAAACGUUACCUGCCACAACCUCAUAGGACAGCUCUAUGCGGACCCGUUCUUUGCAGCCAGCGACGACACAGCGCUAAAUAAGCUCUGCCAGGCGAAAUGUCUCACUUCUUUGACCAAGCUUCGCGACGACGUGAAAAGUGCCUGCGUUGGUGCUCAGUACUAUGACGAGUACGAGGAUACUUAUUGGGUGCCAACUUACCCAGAUGAGUUCAUCUUGUAUGCGUACAACAUGGCUUGUUUAAAGCGGAGUACUGGGCAGUUCUGCAACACAUACCUCAAAAGCCUUACCGCGGCCGCAGAAUGCGAUGAAUGCAUCAUCAAAUCAUUACAGAUUCAGGUCAAUUCCCCGUUCGCGGUGGAUCCAGGAAUGCGAGACAACUACGCAUCGUUGACCAAAUCGUGUCAAGCAACUGGCUAUCCUACAAGCAUCGCUACGUCCUUGCUGAUCAGUUCUUCGCUCCCAACCGCUACAUGCAGCGGUACCACAUACAUCAUCCAGCCAACAGAUACUUUCAAAUCGGUGCCGCUGGCACAAUCAGUCUCCACUGAGCAACUGCUCAACUCUAACGGUUUGCCCUACAACACCACUCUUUUCCCGAAGUCGGGCGAGCUAUGCAUCUCCAACAAGUGCAAGACUCACGUCUUGGCCGAGGGUGAUACCUGUGACUCGAUAGCGAAGAAGGCUAGUAUCUCACCUGUUCAGUUCAAAGCCUGGAAUGCAAACGUCAACCAACUCUGCAGUAACUUGGGACGCUUCAUUGGCGAUACCUUCUGCAUCAGUAACCCCUAUGGAGACUUUUCAAUUCCUGAUCAGCCGAUCGUAACAGCCGUUCCAACCCCUGUACCUGCGCCAUCGGACAUUGCGCCGAACGUCACAUCGCGAUGUGGUCAAUUCUACAGAGUCGGCGCCGGUGACGAUUGCUCGACGGUGACAUUGAAGUUCAACAUAUUACUCAAAGACUUCUACUUUCUCAAUCCCUUCAUCGAUGUCAGUUGUUCCAACCUUUGGCUUAAUGCGUCGUACUGCGUACAACCGGUCGGCGAUAUAACCACGUACCCCGGAUAUGGCGGCUCGACAACGGUCACGCUGCCGCCCUUCACAGCAGGCCCAAAGACUUCGUUGCCGCCUAACCCGGAUCCGGUCGAUGCUCCGGAGCAAACAAUCAUUCCAAUGGCGAACGAUACUCGCGUAGACUGUUAUACCUACAUGUGGCUCAACGACACUUCAGCCGAUUCUACAGAUUGCUGGGGUAUUGCAGCCGCUGUUGGAAUUGAACGCGAGGAGUUUGCACUCUGGAACCCCUCGCUUGAUCAGAACCCGCUCAACGCCGACAAUGUGACGUACGACUAUCCUUGCUCGGCCCAAGUCAGUGUGUCGUAUUGUAUCGGAAUCGCACGCCCAACUCCUGUUUGGGACGAAAAACCCGCCGUGAUCAAGCCACCAACCCCUCGAGCAUCCGGAGAGAUAGAGGGAUGUAUAUACUGGCAAGAAGUCUUUGAAGGAGAUACUUGCGCGGGAUACCUACCCGGAGGGCUGAGCGUAGCCGACUUCUUCAAGAUGAACCCUACGGUGGGAAAAGACUGUACCGGUCUGAACGUGGGCACCAUGUAUUGCCUUUCCACGCUGGAGAUUGGCAUAUUCGCUCCAUCCGAGAACAACGCUUCGCCAAGUCCGACUUCGACGAAAGCACCUAUCGGUAGCGGCACGCCGACACCAAUCCAAAACGGCAUGACCGCCGGCUGCACCAAGUUUUACAAGGUGAUUUCAGGAGACGGCUGCUGGGCCAUUGCCAACGCAAACUCGAUUGCACUAACAGACUUCUACGCCUGGAAUCCCGCCGUGGGAUCCGACUGCCAAACGUUGCAGCCGGAUUACUACGUGUGUGUAGGACGGGCCCCAGUCACGUCGUCGAGUUCCGUAACCAAGACGUCAACAAGUCUACCGCAGCGGGUAUACCCUCCAACUGUAACAAGUGGGUGUUGCAGAAAACUGGCGUUUAUUGUUACGACAUGGCGGCUGCGGCAGGCAUCUCGUUGGAUCGUCUCUACCAAUUGA